CGUCUCAAGGCCAAAUACGCCGCAGCCACCGGUGGGCCCCCCCCGACUCCUCUGCCCACCGUGGAGCGGGUGGGAAUGGGUGGCCACGGCGGCUUACCUGGGGACUACCUUGGGCCGGCCGAACCCCGCUCGCUUGCCAACGGUUUGCCACGAAAGCACAGCUCCAACGAGUACCCUGGCUGUGCGGGCAGCGUUCCCCUUCACCUGGUGCCUCAGAAUGGCGUACGACGGGCCAGCGACCCUGCCCGGCCCGCGGCCGACCCUCGUGCUGUGCCCAGGGUGCAUCGUUUUAAGAGCGUGGGCAACGUGAGCGUGCCAGGCGUGGGCAGAACUGCUCUGCAGCCCUUGGGUGGCUCUGAUGCUCAUCGUCAGUGCCAUGUCUUCUCCCCACGCCCACCCAGCAUCAGUGAAAACGUCUUCCUGGAGAACGUGAGCAUAGACGGCCCCGGCUCGGGCACGGAGUCAGGCUUGCUGGAGAUAGACCAGUACUUGAACUACCCCGAGGAGACUUUCCCGUGCCAGGGGAGUGGUGCGGAGCUCCAGUGCGAAGGCCUCUAUGGCACCACUCACCGGACCACAGUGGGCAUGCACCUGACUCCAGAAGGGCCUGGGAACAUGGAGGAGGGGCUGCUUCAGUCCGAGUUCUCCCUGCGUCAGUGCCAGAUGAACCAGCACUUUGCCAGCGUGCCUGCUGGCAGCGGGACCAUGGCAGCCCCUUGGGAUGAACCUGCCCAGGGCAAUCCAGCAAUGAGUUCUGGGCAGACGGGUGUCAGUUCCUCUGCUGCAGCCACGGCUGGGCCACACUGUCACCGUCAAAGUACUGAGUACCCACUGCCCCAUUCUUGUGGGCAGCAAUCCAAACUCGUGGGCUCGUGCCAUGACAGUGGAUUUUCCAGGGAGCACCGUCUGAACCGACUGCAGAUCAAAUCUGAGCAGCGCUACCCAGCACCUGCCCCGGUGCUUGCCCCCUGCCAGAACACCAAGCUUGCUGGGCCCAUGGCACCUCCUGCUUCCUUUGGCCAAGCCGUGAAUGUAGGGCCUGGUGGUUACCAGCCUGAGGAACAGGCACCUCUCAGUUACAUGGGCAUGUUGAGUCCAGGCAGUAGAAGAGCCCAAACCCCCGCCGUGCACACCAAAGAAGUGAUGGUCCGGAGCUACGUGCAGGCCCAGCAGGCUCUGAUGUGGGGAGACCAACUAGCCUCCAAGAGGGGGGAGUCUGGUGUGGGGCUGGGCAGUGAACCUGGGCAGUGCCAAGCCGUGCAAGCGCCGCUGUACCUCAGCCCCAAGUACUCUGGUUACCAGGCCAAACCAGAUCACCUGCAGGGUCUGGCAGAACCCCAGCAUCUCUUAAACGUCCCAUGCUUCAACCCAGAGAUGGUGCCACACCCACCUGGUGGCCCUAAACCACCUGGUCACCAAAACAGUCUGAACUAUGUGGGCAGCCUGGCUCAGCCGAGCCAUUCCUAUGAGGAAAGAGCAGAAGCUGGCUCCCAGCGGGUAUUUUGCUUGCCCCCUGCCCGCCCCACACCCGAGGGGUCUGGUAAUGCCUCGAUGUAUUACCCAGGCCCGGGCACACACGUGCAGGUGGGCAAAGGUGGGCAUAAGCUGCUGGGCCAAACGGCACCGAGCUGUGGGGGUCCUGGGCAUUACGGUGGGAGCUCGGAAGGACUCAAAGGCAGCUCCUAUUACUACCUGGAUUCGGGGGAGCAGGUGGCCAACAGCCUGGACUCCCUGGACCUGGAGAACACGCACCUUGACUUUGCUGCCAUCGUGGAAGAUGCAGAGCCCCCCGCGCUGCUGCCUGGGCCUCCGAGCCCUGCUGGCAGCCUCCUGCUGCCUGCCUCUGGGGGUGCCAACAUGGCUGUGGGUGACAUGAGCUCCAUGCUGAGCACCCUGGCUGGGGAGAGCCAUUUCCUCAACUCCCUGUCCUAA